GGCUGAGGAGGCGGCGGCUGAGGAGAAGGCGGCCGCGGCGGCUGAGGAGAAAGCGGCCGCGGGGACGGAAGCCGGGUGGGGGGGAGGGGGGGAGACGGAGCAGCCUUGAGCCCUGCGGGGCCGUUGCGCGGGGGACCCACCCGCUCUCCCCCCCAACCCUCCUCAGCAGAAGCAGCCGGCGGCGGGGGCAGGAGUCAGCCGGCUUCCGACCGUACCCCGCCCGCCUCCCGGGGCUCCUGUUCUUUGGCCCCGGGACCCUAACCUUCUCCCAGGGCGGUUCCCUCUGUCUGGGCGUCCGAGCGCUGCCCACAUCUUUCAUUCCUCCCUGCACCUCCUUCCCUUCACUUUUGCCCCGGCUCUCUUUCUCCUCUCUGUCCUGCUGUCGCCUCCUCUCCUCACUCCAGCCUCCUUCCCUGGCUUAUUCUGCCCAGGAAAGUUUGGAACCCCCGCCCCCCCUCCCCAAUCAGGUCAACCUGACUAGGAGUAGGGGGAGAUGUAGGAAGGCCUGAGAGUUCGAGGGGGGGGGGGAAGCUGGAAGCUGGUUUCCCAGAAAAUUUCCCCCCAUCUUCUCCAUUUAGGGUGGUGGGAAUUUUUUUAAAUCCUGUUUUUGAGGAGGUGGUAGGUGUUUAGAAAAGGAUGUGGGAAUGGAAGGGGUAGAUGAGUCAACCCUCUUUCAAGAUUCCAAGGGUGGUGUGUUACCUGAUCCUUUUCGUGUGUGGAGUUCAGGGGGUCGGGAGGUUUGGCCUUUAUUCCCACAUUCAAAGUUGGAACCUCCCCCAAAUUAAGAAUGGAGUUUUAGUACCCACUUGUGGCAGGAAUCCUGGGGGGAAGGGGUCCUUUUUUCCUUUUUCUUUUCUUUUUUCCCUUUUUUUUCCUUUUGGCAACCCACACCCUUCCACACACGCUCACCCCAAAAUUAAACACCAAGAUCCUCUAACUUGUUUGGAUUGACUGAUGAAGACAUAAAGCCAGUUACGCUCUAUGUUUUUUGAGGCGGAGUGAGUGGUUUUUCUUCAUUUUUAAAUGGCCAAAUGACAGCUUGACCCAGUUUGCUUUCCAAUCAAAGGGCAUUUAUUUUGAAUGUCUCUUUGUGGCGCAAGAGCCAACGCAAAAAUGAUGGCGGCUUACAACGGCGGUACAUCUGCAGCAGCAGCAGGUCACCACCACCACCAUCACCACCACCUUCCACACCUCCCUCCUCCUCACCUGCACCACCACCACCACCCUCAACACCAUCUUCAUCCGGGGUCGGCUGCCGCUGUACACCCUGUACAGCAGCACACCUCUUCGGCAGCUGCGGCGGCUGCAGCUGCAGCCAUGUUAAACCCUGGGCAACAACAGCCAUAUUUCCCAUCACCGGCACCGGGGCAGGCUCCUGGACCAGCUGCAGCAGCCCCAGCUCAGGUACAGGCUGCCGCAGCUGCUACAGUUAAGAAGCACCAUCAUCAGCACUCGCAUCAUCCACAGCAGCAGCUGGAUAUUGAGCCGGAUAGACCUAUUGGAUAUGGAGCCUUUGGUGUUGUCUGGUCAGUAACAGAUCCAAGAGAUGGAAAGAGAGUAGCGCUCAAAAAGAUGCCCAACGUCUUCCAGAAUCUGGUCUCUUGCAAAAGGGUCUUCCGGGAAUUGAAGAUGUUGUGUUUUUUUAAGCAUGAUAAUGUACUCUCUGCCCUUGACAUACUCCAACCUCCACACAUUGACUAUUUUGAAGACAUAUAUGUUGUCACAGAAUUGAUGCAGAGUGACCUACAUAAAAUUGUCUCUCCUCAACCACUCAGCUCAGAUCAUGUCAAAGUUUUUCUUUAUCAGAUUUUGCGAGGUUUGAAAUAUCUCCAUUCAGCUGGCAUUUUACAUCGAGACAUUAAGCCAGGGAAUCUCCUUGUGAACAGCAACUGUGUUCUAAAGAUUUGUGAUUUUGGAUUGGCCAGAGUGGAAGAAUUAGAUGAAUCCCGUCAUAUGACUCAGGAAGUUGUUACUCAGUAUUAUCGGGCUCCAGAAAUCCUGAUGGGCAGCCGUCAUUACAGCAAUGCUAUUGACAUCUGGUCUGUGGGAUGUAUCUUUGCAGAACUACUAGGACUAAGAAUAUUGUUUCAGGCACAGAGUCCCAUUCAGCAGUUGGAUUUGAUCACGGAUCUGUUGGGCACACCAUCACUGGAAGCAAUGAGGACAGCUUGUGAAGGCGCUAAGGCACAUAUACUCAGGGGUCCUCAUAAACAGCCAUCUCUUCCUGUACUCUAUACCCUGUCUAGCCAGGCUACACAUGAAGCUGUUCAUCUCCUUUGCAGGAUGUUGGUCUUUGAUCCAUCCAAAAGAAUAUCCGCUAAGGAUGCCUUAGCCCACCCCUACCUAGAUGAAGGGCGACUACGAUAUCACACAUGUAUGUGUAAAUGUUCCUUUUCCACCUCUACUGGAAGAGUUUAUACCAGUGACUUUGAGCCUGUCACCAAUCCCAAAUUUGAUGACAUUUUCGAGAAGAACCUCAGUUCUGUCCGACAGGUUAAAGAAAUUAUUCAUCAGUUCAUUUUGGAACAGCAGAAAGGAAACAGAGUGCCUCUCUGCAUCAACCCUCAGUCUGCUGCUUUUAAGAGCUUUAUUAGUUCCACUGUUGCUCAGCCAUCUGAGAUGCCCCCAUCUCCUCUGGUGUGGGAGUGAUGGUGGAAGAUAAUGUACUACUGAAGAUGUAAUGUAGCUUUCCACUGGAGUCUGGGAUUUGCAAUUCUGGAGGUUAAUCAUGCUUGUACUGUAAUUUUACUAAUGAAGUUUUAAAUUAACAACCA